AUGCCCAGCGACCAGGAGCUUUACGCCGAGAUUCUCGAGUUUGCGUACACCGUUGCGGAGCAGGCUUCCAAGCUCAUCCUCGACGGCGCGGCUGCCCGUUGGAAGAAUGCCGACUUUGCCACCAAGAAGAACGCUGUCGACCUCGUCACCGAGACUGACCAGGCCGUCGAGGACUUUAUCAGGAAGGCCAUCUCGGACAAGUACCCCUCGCACAAGUUCAUUGGCGAAGAGUCUUCCGAGGGCAAGGAGAAGCCCGUCCUCACUGACGACUUUACUUGGAUUGUUGACCCCAUUGACGGAACCAUGAACUUUGUGCACGCCAAUCCCAAUGUCAGCUGCUCCAUCGGCGUCAUGCACGAAAAGCGCCCGGUCGUCGGCGUCAUCUCGCAGCCGUUCUUGAACCGCAUUUUCUCUGCUCGCGACGGUAACGGCGCGUUCAUGAACCGCACCGUUCCUCUCCCGCUUACCGGCGGCAUUCCUCAGCCUCUGAACUCGCUUUCUCAGUGCCUCAUCGCUGCCGAGUGGGGCUCGGACCGCCGCAUGGAGACUAUCCAGGUCAAGCUCGACUCGUUCAAGCGCCUCAACGGUGACCCCAACAAGGGUGUCGAUGGCGGUGUCAUGGUCCACGCUUUGAGAACCACCGGUGCGACUACCGUCAACCUCAUUCACGUUGCUGCCGGCGAGCUGGACGUCUCAUGGGAUGCCGGCUGCUGGGCUUGGGAUGUCGCUGCGGCCGCGGUCAUUCUCAAGGAGACUGGCGCCUUCUUCGCCGGCGGCCAGGAGCUGUACGAGCGCGACGCCCCGAUUGACGAGGUCGUCUUUGGCCGCCGCUAUGUGGCCAUCCGUGCCGUCGCUCCCACUGCCGAGGAGUCGAGCGAGCAGAUCCAGCGCCGCCUGGCCACUCACCUGUACAGCGUCGUCGAGGAGUGGACCACGCCGAGCAUGAUGUGA